CUUUGGGGAUUUAGUUGUCUUUUCUACUUUCGUGUAUAACGUUUAUUUUUUUUACUUAAUCAACGGCUGAGAUGGAUUCUGACGCUGGCUCCAACUCCAGCCGCUCCUCAUCUCCAGACCUGGUGGUGGAUGACUCCAUGGGUAGCUUCUUCUCCAACAAGAUGUUUCAGGCCUACUGCCGGGAGGAGGGGGCAGCCAGGGCUGCCGGCCAGGGCAGGGCUGACCGCUGUGCUGGGGGAGGCAAGAGCAAGACCCGGGCUGACCUCAAAGAGGGUGACGAUGUGCAAGACCUUAGGCUGAAGGUGAAUGGCAGAGAGAGGAAGAGGAUGCAUGACCUGAACCAGGCAUUAGAUGGCCUGAGAGAGGUCAUGCCCUACGCUCAGGGGCCCUCUGUUCGCAAGCUCUCAAAGAUCUCCACCCUGCUGCUGGCCCGUAACUAUAUCCUCAUGUUGUCCAGCUCUCUGGAGGAGAUGAAAAAGCUGGUUGGGGAUGUGUACGGAGGCAGUGGUGCCCAGAGUCGCACCAGCCACCCCCGGAUCACCCUUCCGGCCCCCACAGCCCAUCUCCCACUGCACCCCUUGGCCCAGAACCUGCACUCCCUGGUUGGCAGCACGGCCUCAGCUCUCCACCACCCCUCGCCUCCCCCUGCUCCAGCUCCACACUCACCGCCCUCUGCAAGCUACAUGGGCUUCCACCAUGCACCAGUACAGAGCCUGCUGAAGGACCCUCUCCACCUAGCCAGCUCCUACAGGCACUUCCCUGGAAUGCCCUGUCCCUGCUCGCUCUGCCAGCCUCUACCAACCACCACAUCCACCCUGCACAGCUUUUCCAUGGGCAAGUGA